AUGCAUCAAGGCGAUCCAGCUUACUAUGAGUAUCAAAUGAAAGAAAAUUAUUCGGGUAAUUUCUUGGAAGGAUCAUCAGAUUUAAAGAAAUUAAGAGCUUUUUUGGGUUUAAGAUAUCUCAUGAUGAGUGGAAGUGGUGUUUGUAAUGGUGAAGUAUUUGAUUGUAAGUCUGGUGUUGGUGCUGCUGCUAGAUUCAAUUAUUACACCAACAAAUUGACGUUCUACCGUAGUAGUGAUAACAAUUUUUCAAGAAGAAGUAAAAUCGUGACAAUUUCAUUAUGA